UACAUCAUUUCUUGGUGUUGAUGUGAGCUCGCAGUAACCUGCUUUGUGUCUCACAACCUUUGCUGGGUACAAGGAGGGAAAGCAAGAAGCUCACCAGCAGCAGAGCAAUCCAGUUCCUUGACUACAGAAAACACAAAUUAGCAGCAUGUCUGACAGCCCCACGUGGAACUCAGCAGGGAAUUCAUGCGCUUAUUUCUGUGAGGCCCAGGUGGGAUGCUGGCAGCGUUUUACAAGAGCAUUUGCAGUUGUAAACGGUUACUGGCUGGGAAGGAGCACUCCUAUUUAAAAAGACCCUCCUCCAGGUGGGGAUAAAGAGCUAUUUUAGCUCGGGAAGAAGCUGUUGUGGCUCGAUUGCAAGUUGCUGCAAUGCGUUCCACUGUGAAAGUUAUGGCUGUGAUUCCCAGAAGAUGUGUAGUGUGGACAAUGGCAAGAUUUAAAGCAAGUCAUUAAGAAGGAUGGAGUAAGCUACAAGGAAGCAGAGCCCGCUUUGGUGAGACCUCCCUCCCAUCACUGCGGGAUCCUCCACUUCCCCCGGCAGCGAAGCAGGCGCCUUUGCAGGAGGACUGGGCACUUCCCAGCCGCCUCUGGCCGUGCAGGAGUGGACAUGAUGACAAGAAGGAUCUGCUGCCUGGUGCUGCUGGCCCUUGGGGUGCUGGCGGCGGUGGUUGUGCUCCUGGUCACCCUGACUCAACCCAGGUGUGGUCCUGGGCAGUACCUGCACGGUGCUGUGGCUGCUGACACCGAGACCUGCUCUGACAUCGGCCGGGACAUCUUAAAAAGAGGAGGCUCAGCUGUGGAUGCCGCCAUCGCUGCUUUGAUCUGCACAUCUGUGAUGAACCCUCAGAGUUCAGGCCUGGGUGGCGGAGUUGUAUUUACAGUCUAUAAUGCAAGCACAGGAACAGUCGAGGUGAUCAAUGCCCGUGAAACAGUUCCCCAAGAAGUUCCUCAGAAUCUGUUGUCUGGCUGUGCUCCUUUACCCAUCGGUUCCCGAUGGAUUGCUGUACCAGGGGAAAUUCGUGGGUAUGAAGAAGCCCAUAAGCGACAUGGCCGCUUGCCAUGGAAAUCCCUGUUUGAACCAACCAUCAAGCUCCUUUCAGACCCACUUGUUGUUUCCCCAGUUAUGGACAAAAUAAUCAAUCACCGAAACUUCUCCCAAGUGGGACGAAGCCUGUGCCCAUUGAUAUGUGAUGGUCAAAGGCUUUUGACACGUGGAGAGACCUUCAGGUGGCCAGCACUGCAGCAGACGCUGAAAACUUUGGCAGAAAAUGGAGCUACAGCGUUUUAUGAGGGACAGAUAGGAAAGGCCCUGGUGGAAGACAUUAGGAAAGCUGGGUCUGUUAUCACAAUGGAGGACCUAAAGGCAUACAAAGCACAAGUAUCUUCAGCUCUGAACAUUACCCUGAACAAUGACACUACGGUGUUUUCUCCUCCUCCACCCAUGGGAGGUGCUGUGCUCCUGUUCAUCCUCAAGAUAUUGGAAGAGUAUAAAUUCCGUGAAGCAUCACUGGCGACACCAAAGGAAAAGGGAGAAACCUACCAUGUCAUUGCAGAGGCCUUGAAGUUUGGCAAUAUGCUAAAACCCCAGAUGGAUGACCCAGCCUUCUCUGAAGUUAAGGAACUUGUGGCAAUCAUGCUGUCUGACAAGACUGCUGAGCGUAUCCGAAGCCAAAUAGAUGCCCGUGGUGACCACCCACUCAACCAUUAUAGCUUGUGGAAGACCAUCAACAGCCACGACUAUGAAAGUAAAGGCACAAGCCACAUCUCUGUGCUCGCUGCAGAUGGCAGUGCUGUGUCCGCCACCAGCACCAUCAACUAUCCGUUUGGCUCCUUCGUUUAUUCCAACCAGACUGGGAUCAUUUUGAACAACGAACUUGCUGAUUUCUGCACAGCAAGUAGAAGUAUUUUUCCAGGAGAGAGGCCACCCUCAGCAAUGGUGCCUUCUAUCCUCAUCUCCAAGUCGGGGGACACACUGGUGAUUGGAGGAGCAGGUGGGGCCUGGAUUAUCAGUGCUACUGCGAUGGCCAUUAUAAACAAGCUGUGGUUUGGUUAUGACUUGGAACGUGCCAUUUCAUCUCCCAUCAUGCAUACCGACAAAGACAGUAUCCUGUUUGAGAAACACUUCAGUGAGGAUGUUAGGAAGAGCCUGCUGAAAAGAGGACACAAAGAACAGAAAGUUGAAAUCUCAAUGAAUGUGGUGCAGGGAGUUUCCAAGGAAGGAAAAUGCAUCUCUGCUUACUCUGAUAAAAGGAAGCUGGGGAAAUCAGCUGGAUAUUAGCAUGAAAUGCCAUCACAAUGUCUCUAUUCUAGUCAAAACCACAGGAGAUGUCUAGAUUCAUAUUCAUGCAUCUUCCACUGCUGCUGGAGAGUCUCGGUUAAGAACAGAGUUGGUUUCUUUCAAGCUGUUACCAUGAUAAGCUUCUAAUUACUGGGGCUCAGCAAUGUGAAGUAACUGAGUAACUAUUUUGUUCCUAAGGAUUGCAAGAAACGUCUGUAGGGUCAGGAUUAUAAAACUGUAUGCAUUUGGGCUUCAGUGGUGGGUUAGGAAAGAGAAGAAAGCACAACUUCAUGCUCUACCUCUUGGUUCUCCCAUCCAGAGGAGCCCUACUUUUCCCAAAGAAUGGCAGAUGAACUCAGUGCACUAUAGCACUAGCUUUGAAGAUAGAAUGGAACCCAUGAGCUGAAGCCUUAUUCAACCCUGCCUACUGCUCACCUAAAGAAUAAACCUCCUCUGGGGCGAUGUGAAGUUGCUGCUCCUGAGAGGGAGAGGCCUCAGCUUCGGUCCUCGGUGAUGCCUCUCCCUGUAAUAAGAGAAUCCCCAUCUAUGCCAGUUCUUCCUCUCAGUGCCUGCAGCAGAUAAGUAGUUUGGGAAGGCAGGUGAAGAUAGUAGCUGAAGAAACACUAUACUGCUUUUGAAGCUUUAUAACUUUCUUCAAAAUGCAAAGGAUAUAUGAUCAGAAGAGUUAUUUUGUAGGCGUCAGCGUAUCCUGGCCAGGCAAACACCAAGACUGUUGAAAAGUGAUGCAGAUGCAAAACUCUUCUCCCAUAGCCUGAGUAGAUGCUCCAACUCCCUGUUCACCACAAGUAAUCUCAAGUGUUACCUAAAGAUUACAAGAAUGAAAUUGCACGACCAUUUGGGAGCUACUGGAGGAGAGACCUGAACCCAUUCAUCUGGAUAUGAGAGGGCCUCUGCAAUGACUCUGUAACCUUACCCUGCUUAAGAUGGCCAAAGGAAUCUAAUGUUAAAACAAGUAGAAAUAUCUAACAAGGCACUUCUCAAAUAACCAGCAACUUCCAUUUUCUGAAAGCUCGUGAAUUUUACUUUCCUAUGGACACAGACAGUAUUGUAUGAGUGUUUCUGACAGUGAAGUCAAGCCAGGUAGGCACUAGCAGAGCCCCCCCCCAACUCCCAUGUUAAUUCUCACCUCCCACGCAACCCUUGAUAUUUCUACUACACAAACAAAUACCCUUCCUCUGUAGCCACUGCAACAAGUAUUUGAGCACAGGCAAUUAAAGCAAACUCAAACCAGACCAUCCACAUGCACUGUUGUAAUCAAAGCGAGGUGAGUAAUAAGAAGUCUACAUUCUUAACCACAAAUUUUGUCAGUAAGUCAGUGACUUGCUGAAAUCUCAGACGUCAGAUGAAUUUUAAUGAUGUUCUGAGUGAAGCUGCCUCGAGCCAGACAGAUGAGCCAGACUGGAUCCUGGCUUUAGCAAGAUCUGCAGCUUGACCAACUGCUUAGAGCUUACAGAAAAGCAACCAAAAUGGCACUGGCUAAAGCCAGGGUGAGCAGUUCUUGCUUUGCUAUUAUGCUUCAGGGCAGUGCCUGGGCCAUGCUCCAUCAUGUCUCACUUCCAGAAAAACCAAGCCAUAAAGUAACUGAUCCUCCUGAUUCCCUUCACUUCUGAUGUACCAAAGGGUAAAGCACACCUCAGUUAUCCAGCCAAUGCAGCGUAUCACCUUUCCAGUACACUAUCACAGCUGCUGCUCACAAUGAAGCCAUGGGAAUAUUAUCUGCAGACCAGCACUCACUGCAACUUAACUGCUUUGCUCUUAAUAUUGAAACUGAGCCAACUAAUUAAGCAUUUUCAGAACGUGUCACAGAUUUCAUUUGCAAGGCAGAAAGGAAUGUGUGCAGAUCCAGUCCUGGAUUCCUCACCAACAAACAAAACACCUCGUGAAGCUGAGGUCUGUACCUCCCUCUUUCCCUGCCACCUCCUCAGUGCUGCUGGAAUCAACAGUCUCCCAGGUUGGGCUCUUCCCAUUCAUGCUGAUGCCAACAGAAGAGCGUUAUUUUUAUAAUUAGUCGACUUACAUGGACUUUUAAAGCACUGCUGUACAUAGGCUGCUCUGUUUUCUAUCAAAGUCUUCUUUAAAUUAAUUAUAUUUUUAAUAAAGUGUUUUUAAACCUUCA